AUGGCCAAUAUCAAAAAGGGCAUCUUACUACACAAGCUGAUUGCAUUGGAGCUGCUGCUGGCCAUGGGCCAUGGAACAUUUAUCUUUCUCGAUGAACCUGGAUAUGGCUGGUAUCUCUCGAUCACCGCCAUCGGCCUGAAUGUAUCCUGGUCGCUGCACAACCUGAUCGCCUGGAUGAAGCUGCGAGGGUUCUUCACUCAGUGGGGCACACGGCUGUACUUGGGGUCCUUGCUCCUCGCCCAGCCCUACUGGGUCCUAGAGAUCUACGCCAACUUUGCCUUUUUCAACUUCGGCGACCCAUUGUUUCUGCGGACCCGGCCAUACGAGCCGCUGUUUCGAGAUCCGUGGUGGAUUUUCACCACCGUCUUCCUGAUCUACAAGAUCCAACAGGGGUACAAGCGUCAGCUGGGGCAGCUAGUUCGGGCGAGCCCACGGUUUGGGUUCACCUUGUUCUUUCUGUGUCUGUCGAUAGCGUUUGUCAUCGUCGACACAUGUCUCAUUCUGGACGCCUUUCACUUGGAUUUGCCCACCGGCAUCGAGCCUUUCUGGAAGGUAACGCCCACGUGGGUACCUAUCGGAAAGUCUGUGGCUAAUCCACGGAUGCUCGCUAGUUUGCGUUUGUGUUCAAGUGCUUGA